GAAGCUCGUUGAACCCGUCUACGCAUGCCCAGCUGCUAUAGAUCUGGGAGUGUCUGAGCGGCGCAAUAUUGUAGCAGGCAUGAGAUUAGCUCUCGCUACUCUGUAGCCAUGGGCGUUCAAACUGGAUUGAUUUGGACUGAAACGAACAAUAUUGUGUCGUAAAAUGGACUAGACUGGAAUGCGGGCAGUAACUAAACGGAGUGUCGAAGAAAUGUGAUCGUAUCCAAUCUAUCCCGGCGUUGUGGAUAUAGACCGAAUGACCUCUGGGAUAACGGUGCCGGCGGGUAUUGGGGUUUUUUAAUACAAACUACUGUUUGUUGUCUGUAUACCCUUUUGGAAGAUGCUAUUUUUCCCCCUUAUGUUGUAGGCAUUAUGUGUAUUCAUAAUUUCCCAAUGUGCUUAGUUCAACUUCAUUGUUGAAGUCUUAUUUUCAUGAUGCCUAAAAAUUCACGCAUUUUCUAGUUUUAAUAAUAUAUUGUCUAGUUUCAGUAUUUCAAUGAUUUACUUGACUUAACCUGCAUUGUGAUGUUUCUAAAGUGCCAAUAACAUUAUCGUUCAGACAUGACUUGAUGUAGGCUAACUAUAAUUCCCUUUAAUCCCUGCUUUUGCAAAAAAAAAAUAUAUAUAUAAUUGAACUCAUCUGACAUAAGUGGACAAUUGUAACAACUACUGUAGCUUUAACUCCGCAUUUGGGUGGAACAUAUGAUUGUGUGCCAUUUUGUUCAUAAGAGGUACAGUAUUUUAAUUUGGAGACUGAUACAGCCUGCAGUUUUGCAAAGUUCUACAUAUCCAGCGUGUCAUGAAUUGCUCAUGUUUCUCAGCUGCUGUGGGAGUGUUACUUGCUGAGAAACUGCAAUCAGAUUGACAGUUAAAGGGCAGGGCACAUAGGCUGUAAACCAUCUGUGCCAGGUUCCAGGACUGGGGUCCCUUGUGUGGGGGGAUGCUAAGGACCACAGUGGGGUGUGUGGGGGUGGAGGAGAGAGAUGAGGAUGAAGGUGAAGAGGAUUUGCGGGACGGAGGGGUGCCCUUCUUCGUAAACAGGGGAGGCCUACCGGUGGAUGAGGAGACUUGGGAGCAGAUGUGGAGGCAUGUGGCUCGGAUUCACCCUAAUGGGGAGGCCAUAGGGACACGCAUCCGGGGAGCCAGUGAUCUGCCCAAGAUUCCUACACCGAGUGUGCCUACAUACCAGCCAACCACCAGUAUCCCACAGCGCCUGGAAGCCAUACAGAAAUACAUCAGGGACUUGCAGUACAAUCACACGGGAACACAGUUUUUUGAAAUCAAGAAGAGCAGGCCUCUUACUGCGUUGAUGGACAUCGCCAAGGAGAUGACCCGGGAGUCACUGCCAAUCAAGUGUCUGGAGGCUGUGAUCCUUGGGAUUUACCUUACCAACAGCAUGUCGGGUGUGGAGCGCUUCCCCCUCAGCUUUAAAACGCAGUUCUCAGGGAACCACUUCUGCCACAUCGUGCUGGGGGUGCACAGCGGGGGCCGCUUCGGGGCACUGGGCAUCAGUCGGCGGAUGGACCUCAUGUUCAAACCCCUGGAGUUCCGAACACUGGCUGACCUGGUGCAGGAGUUUGAGGGGGCCUACAUGGGUUACUGGCAUACCCUGAGGAAGGUGAAGAUUGGCCAGUAUGUGUCCCAUGACCCCCACAGUGUGGAGCAGAUAGACUGGAAACACUCCAUACUAGAUGUGGAUAAGCUGACCAAGGAGGAAAUGAGGAGAGAGCUGGAGAGACACACUCGGGACAUGAGGAUGAAGAUUGGGAAGGCUGCGCCCACUUCACCCACCAAAGACAGGAAGUGUAACAUGGGCUCGCCCCACCGUAACCCGGGCAGCCCCAUGCGCAGGAACAGCCGCAUCGAGAGACGUCCAUCAGGAGAGAAGAAAGUUCUUGAUCCGAAGUCCCCUCCAGACAUGAAUGGAUAUCAGAUUCGAGUGUGAGGAAGAUUUCACUUCAUAAAAUCAUCCUGCAAAACAAGACCGUAGAAUGGUAGGGUUCUGUCCAACUAAAGGUUAGUUCCGGGGAAUGGGCUUUUGUGUUCAGAUUCGAAAUAGGUUUGUACUGUGUAAGCAAUUUAUUUAGGGUAUUUUGCAUUCAACAAACGUGAGGUAUACUGUACAGAGAAUGGCCAUGUCAAUAACAGAUUUUUGACUAGAUGUAAGUUCAAAGCCUAUAAUUCUAAGUUCUCACAAUGCUCAACUUUGGGGAUAUCAAACAGUUGUUUUACACAGCCAAAUCCAUUUAAAUUAUCUUGUCUAACUGGUUGGCCUAUUCACAAGAAUUUCUCUCCAAAAAUGUGGCAUGGGCCAUUCAUCAGCCCUGUGGUUAUUUGUUGUUACCAGGCUUUUUGUAAAGCCAGAAGCUUGGUAGUGUAGUCCAUUCUACAAUAUAAUUGGUUCAGACAGCAUUUAAGGGUCAAACAGGCAUUGAUCAUGUUUUUAAAGAUGUUCUGUAGGGUUUUGUUAAUAUGCAAUAUUACAUUUAGCUUAUUUCUUAACAUGUAAAGUGCUGCAAUUGGAAAUAUCAUAGCAGAUAUCCAUGUUGUCAAUCAGUUAUUAAGAAUGACAAUUAUUGUGAGGAUUAUGUGCAAUCUGUGUCUCCAUGUUGUACUGUAAGUGUGUAAAUACAUUGAACCUUUAACUGUUAGCCCUGCUGGACAGUAACUGCUUUUGUAGUGACUAGUUUGCAAUCCACUUACCUUGUGCCUUUUAGGAACAUUUUAAUAGACAGUGAUAAAGAAAACAAGUAUUACUGGGUGAAUCGUUUUUUCAAUUUCACUAGGAAAAUACACUGUACAAUCCAUCUACUCGAUCCCAAAUAGAUGGUAAAUUGAGCUAUCAACACCUUACCCUGUGUUUGUGUGUUCUGCUAUGGAGAUGAUGCGUGUGAUUGAAUAUUGGGUCAUUCAGUGUACAGUAGUCUAUUUAAACCUUUCAAAGCAUGAAAAGUGUGAUAUGUUUUAGGAUAGUAAGAGAAAGUAGUCAGUGUGGUCAACAGAAUUUUUAAAUUCUGGGGUCACUCAAGACAAAAUCUCACACUCUCAUAAAAUGACUGCAACUAAGUGCGAAGGAUGAAGUUGCAGCUGAUAUGGUUUGACAUUAUUUGGGGGGAAAGAGAGAUAUUUUGAAGGCAGCAGUUACUUUUUUAUAUUGACAUGGUCUGAUAUUUUUGCCUUCGUACAGUAUAAAUAACAUUAUUCUUAUUAUCUUAACACAUAGCCUUAUUGUGGUUGUCUAGCUCUAUUUAAUAUUUACCAUUUUUAUUAAAGGUGCAAAGAGAUUUGUUUACAAUAUUCUCAUCUUCAUUUUUAAAUGACAUUUAGGCCAGAGCACUUGAGAAAUUGGAGUCUGCACCAUUUAAAAAAAAAAUAGUGCCUCGGAGCACAUUGAUUGGUUGGGAUUCCUUGAGCCUCUUUCAUUUUAACAUAGAGGUUGUUGUCUUGUACCAAAAUAUUAUAUGACCAUUUAUCACUAUGUAGGACUUCCUAUUGAUUUAGAAAUAAACUCUCCUCACCUCUCUCCCAAUUAAUCUGUUGUGUUGAUUUAGCUGACUUAUGUCAUGGGUCAGAUGCCUGUGAGUUUAUUGGAGCUUCAGCUACAUUAAGAGAUCUACAAAAUACAACAAUGGAUCAAAUGUAGAGCUAAAAUCAAUGAAUACAGUUAUCAAACAGUGUGCUGAGGACAUGGAGGGCACACUGCCAGUCUACAUACCAACCAAGAGUCCAAAUUGGGCAGUGUGCACUCAUCUGAAAUACCUCUGCCACACACAGACGGACAAUUCAAAGAAUAAACGACGAGCAAUAAACAUUUCCUCCUUUGAUUGUCCACAAAGAAACCUUAAUACAAAUCCCAUACUGAGGAUCUGUGCACUAGGGGACUAUACAUUUAUAAGACCAUAAACAAAGACCUCUGCUUGCAGCCACACUAAUUAGAAUAACAUUUUCUGUAUCUUCUCUGUUGCAUGCUGGUACACUGUGAGAACUCCUAGCCCAUUUUGGGCUUCAAGACAUCCUUAACUGUAAAUCACAGGAGUUUUUUUAUAUCCUUUUUCUCUCUGCAAUUGUGUUUUUGUUCCUUAGUGCAAAGAUGUGAUGAUGUCACUGAGAUUUUAUCUAAGGUGGAAUAACAAGAAAUAUUGUAACCAGAAAUCACCUGUACGGCUUUGUGACACUUGAAACUGAAAUAAACAAGCAACUGGUAUUUGACUAGAUUUGUUGAAAA